CUCUCCUCCUCACGCGGCAGCCAUCCAGUGCAUCUCCCUGCAUCCCUCCUGACUCAGCCCCCUCUCUCCCUCCUCCCCACGUCUCCUCGGACGUGCCGCCGCUCCAUCAGGCGGAGCUCUUGGUGGAAGAAAUGAGGGACACAACAACAACCAUGGCGAUGGAGCUGUGGACGGACUAACAGCGGUAUACGGGAAGCCGGGCACAGGCUGCAGGCUCUCAGUAUAGAGCUGAAAAACUCAGAGAAAAGGUUAGAGCACAAGAAACCCGAGACGUUGCCUGGCUCCAUGUCUGCCCCUGCUCCGCCCAAUCAGAGGUCUACAUCGGUCUCUCGCCGAUUCAACCCUCUGAAGGUGCUGCAGCCCAAACGUCGCUUGCAGCAAAUACUGGCGUCCUCGCCCGUGCCGGUACCCAAGCCGGCGUCUGGGUCGGGGACUGCUGUGCCAGCCGCCACAGCACCAGUGGCCAUUCCUGUGCCCGCGCCCCCUGCGUUUGACUACUGCAGGUUCAUAGAGUUAGACUACGUGCCCAUGGAGUCAAGCUGUAUGGUGUCAAUGCGCCCAACUAAAGGCUAUGUAUCGACCAAGUCACCGACCAAGGGAUACACUUCCACCAAGUCUCCGGAUCGCCACGGUCGUUCAACAAACUCUCCCUCUACCCCUCGCUCCCGGCGCACUCCGGCUGCGGCCAGUAAUAGAGAUCCCUAUGGAAACGCUUCUCUCAGCAGCAGCAACUCAGGCUCAUGUAAAGGCAGUGAAUGCAGCCCAACCAAAGGACGCCAUCAGAAGUACACGUCAUGUACAGACAACCAUGGCAUUCGGCCUCCUCCACCAGAGCAGUACCUCACACCCCUUCAGCAGAAGGAGGUGUGUAUCCGACACCUGCGGGCCAAGCUAAAAGAAACCAUCAACACCCUGCAAGACAGGGACACGGAAAUAGAUGAGUUGAGAGGCCGGCUUUACAGAAUGCAGGAGGACUGGGUUGAAGAAGAGUGCCACCGCGUAGAGGCUCAGCUGGCCCUGAAGGAGGCCCGUCAGGAAAUCCAGCAGCUCAAACAGGCUGUGGAUACUGUUCGUGCCAGGCUGAGCGAUGCCGGAGGCCUCAGUGGAGAUGUAGGGGUCCAGAAGUACUUUCAGGAUAUCAACGCUCAGAACCACAAGCUGGAGAACCUUUUGCUGAGUAUGGAGUUGGCCCAGGCUGGAUUAGCAAAGGAGGCGGAGGCCAUGCCAGGCUGUCGGACCCGCGUUGGGGGUUCAGCACCAGCAUCUGUUUCAGGAGAAAGUCCUGGCGGAGUACCCAAACUUACUGUAGGAGGAAGAGGGUCUUGCUCUUGUGAUGGCUCCCCAGCCCGGUCUUUAACUCGGAGUUCCACCUACACAAAGCUGAGUGAUCAGGCACUGGCGGACCGCAAUGACAACGGGUCGGACUUUCCUUGUCUCUCAGGCGACGGCACCCAGGACAGCGGCUUUGUGUGCUGUGGGGAGAGUAACAUCCCCAGCCGGGCUGACCUUCUGCUGGAGGCCGCAUUCCUUUCUGAGGAAACAGCAUCUUUACUUAAUUCCUACACGCAAACCUUCUCCCACUCUCUUCCCCAUUCUCAUCCCCACUCUCUGCCAAACUCACUGUCUCACACCUACUCACAUACCUUACCUCAUUCUUUCCCUCACAAUUUGUCCCACUCUGUGCCGCAUACUAUGCCACACUCUUCUACGUAUGAGAAGCUGUGCACAGGGGAGGGGCUGGCACCCUUUCGUUGUGGUCUGGGUGGAGUGAGCUGCAUGAGCCACCCCUGCCUCUCCCACCACCAUCUGUACCUGCACCCUUUAAGGGAGACUGGCAUUCAGACAGAAAGCUGCCCCAUCCCUACAACAGCAGGGUAUCCCUCCGAUCUGGACACCAUCGCAGAGCAACGUACUUUCCGGUCCCAGGCCUGUAGCCCCACUUCAACCUGGAUGUCUGAUGAAGGGGACGAGGAGUUGGACUCCAUUACCACCACAACUUCAGUAACCACAGCAACAGUCAUGAGUACAGCAACAGAGCCAAUCCCCAAAACUCCAGUGGUCCCAUCUUUACCACGGUCCGCCACUGUUACGUGUUCCAUGGAAAGUCCUGUGCAUAAAGAGAAAGAGUAUGGAGAGGAGGAGGAAAAGCAGGAGAAAGAGGAAAAAGAGAAGGAAGCUUUUGUGGCAGAAGAGCAGGUGGACAUAGUUAUGAUCAAACUGGCAGAAGAAAGGCAACAGACGCUGAUUGGUUCAGUGGGAGAGAAGAUAGGAGGGCAGGGUGCUGAAGAGAAGCCGGCUCAAGGAAAACUCUGUGAGCUUGCUGAGAUGCCAGCAACAUGGCAGGGUGAGCUUAAGUUAAGAGGAUGCUGUGGAGAAGGCAGGCAGGGUGGGACAACAUUUGAAAACCUCGGAGUUGUGGACACGCAGCAAGAAAGCUGUCCUUUACAAGAAUCAACCCAGGUAGAGACACCUCACCUGAGUCCGAGUCACCAGGGAUCAUCUCCAGCUAUAGAACAGCCUCACACAAUCCAGCCAAGAAGGUCUACUUCCCAUGAGGAGAUAGGUGGUGUUACAGUGGUGGAGGUGCACAAUGAGGACAAUGAUAACGGUGAAACAAAAGAGCACGGUGCCACAGGGGACACUGCAGAAGAGAACGGAGAAUCAUCUAGCUCUGGGACGAUUCAGAAAAGCUACUGGAGUCGUCACUUCCUAGUUGAUCUGCUUGCGGUGGCCAUUCCUGUGGUGCCAACGGUGGCGUGGCUCUGCCGCGGUCCAGUCCGGGAAGGACAGCCAAUGUAUCACAUAGGAUCACUGCUGAGAGGCUGUUGCACUGUGGCGUUGCACUCGCUGCGCAGGGGAGGCGGGCUGAGGCACUACCCCGCAGGCGGGGGAGACUUAGGAGGAUCACAGAUAUAAGAGGAAAAUCUGCUCAGCACCUCUGUGGCCCUUAACCACGACCCUUCCUGUAUAGGUUUUCUCUUGGAAGAUUCAAGUGCAAGAAGACAAGGACUUCCUGUCCUGCAGUUUCUGCCAAGAAUAGGCAAGAGGGGUAUAAGAAACAGGAAAUGUGAAGCUCUUGGACUGACAAGCUCUGCCUUGUUUUGGUUCUGCUCCGCAAUGUCUGUCACCCAAUGUUCCUCAGCCUUGCUACCGAGAUGUCUGCCAGCUCUACUGGCUUGUGGAAAAGUAAAUGAGCUGAUUGAAAUGAAUGAUGCCUGAAUCUUUGAUGCUGAUUGUUUCUUUUGAUCUUAAAUGCAGGGAAAACUGUAAAAGAUUCAUUGACUACUCAACCUAUGAAUUCUAACACAUUUGACUGGUUGUGUGUGUAUAUGUGGCAUAUAUGUAUAAGAGCUUGUAUACAUGUGUAGCCAAGUUACAAAAAGCUACAGCUUCACCAAGUCAUUAAGCAAUGGCUGAGGGGAAAAUCCACUCUAAAUCAGAAUUUACAUGUUUCUACGACUGCAGACGGUUUUCAUUGAUCUUCAAGACUGAAAUCUCAGAGUGUGUCUGCCAUCAUGACGUAGACACAAAACUCAGGGAUGUUCCGAGGGUAGAAACACACAAACCUAUUAAAUUUGCUUCAAAUCAUAAACACCCAGCUGUGGCCAGUUCAGUUGUGCUGCCAAGUUAAACUCUACUUACUUUUAAUCGUAGUAAGGUUUUAGUUCUCUCUCCUGGCCAAAGAAGCGUUUUGGUUGAGCUCAACUCCCCAAAGGAAUGUUGUUCAUCAUUAAAAUGACCUCUGCCAAAAAUCCUAUGUAGAUGUUUAUUAAUCAAACACAGUAGGUUAAUCUGAGGUGUGUAUACAUCAACUGCAUAGAAGCUGAUUUCUAAUUUUCUUUCAUGCAUUUCAUGCAUUUAGCAGUUUGAGGCAUCUAAAAACAAAAACCAUGAUGCCAUCACACUUAGGAUGAGACUGUUUUUAAGAUAAGAUAGAUCUUUAUUGUCACUGUUACAAGAACAAUGAAAGACUGUUUGGCGUCUCUCCAUUAGCAGCAUGUAGAUUUUUUAGAUUAAAAUUACUUUAUAAUAAAAGAUAAGAGACAAAUUUCCCACCUGUGGGACUAAUAAAGGUUAUCUUAUCUUCUCUUAUACACAGAUACAUGCAUUGAUUUAGGCCAUAAAAUUGCAUAUGUCGUCAAUCAUUCUCAUCUACUUAUAAUAUGCAUAACCAUCACUUGAAACAAAAAACAGGCUUUGUCCUUGUUGAAUGAAGUCUUCAUGCUGCGCCUCUUGUAGGCAGUUAUUUAGUCUAACCUGCCAAUUAACCUGAUAAAAGCAAGUACCUUGUUUGAUUUCUGCAAUUUUUUUUCUAAAGACUGCUUAAAAAUUUCCCUGUACUUGACGUUGACGUUAGAAUGUGCACUUUAAUUUCUCUUAACCUCUGCAUCCCCAGGAGGCCAGCCAGAAUCUCAUUAAUAAUGAAGGAGAUGUUACUUAUUAUAGAAAGUCCAUGGGUGAUUUACCUAUUCUGCCAUGUUCGUUGUGUUUCUACCCUGAGAGCAUUACGAUUAGUUCUCCUAAAUAAAUAAAGCUAUUCAGAUUUAUUAAACUCAAACUAAGAUCAAUACCACACUUAUAUCUAUACACUAAAAAUGAAGCUCAGUUGAGAGCCAGCCUGAGUCUUUGCAAAGGUAAACUCAAAAAUUAAAAAGCAAAGCUCUCUAAAUAAAAUCUUAGAUUUGUUUCUGUAAUCCAUAUGAGAGCUUUUGUUUUUGUUGUUUUCAUUUUAUGUAUCUAUUUAUUUAUUGGGGCAGUCUACUUGUUUGGGAAGGUAAUAAUAAUAACAUGCACAUUAUAUUUUAGGGUGGAAUAUUUUCCAUACUCAGUCAUAUUGUCUCAUAUGGGCCUUAUCUGCUUAAGCUUGUAUUCAAAGCAAAGUUGCCAGAACCAACAUUUGGUGAAAAUAACAGACCUCAGUUUGUGUUACUUAAAGUCACCUGAUUAAAUCUAAUUGAAAUGCCAUAUCACGAUCAAACACUUUGUUUGUAGAUCCUCACCGGCUCACUUUGGUAUCUUAGUGUAGCUCUGAAUGGAAUGAGUUGUGCUCAGUCUGUGAUCUGUGCUGUAUAUUUCUGCUAAACUUAAUGCUCUUGUGGUGUAGUUUUAACUGUCAUUCUGGUAGUAUGUAUUCCAAGUCAACUGUACAAGAGCUAGUCAGUCACCGCUAAUAACUCCGCUUAACUUGUCUAACAGAUCAUUCUGAAAGGCAUUUACAGACAUCGUGUGCUACAUCUCAGUCGACAGGUCAGAUGUACAUUAAUAAGAUGUCUGGGUUUUAAACGCACUUAGCAUCAGGGUAUUUUUUCAUUUGUCUGAAUGUGUGCAUCACGAGAGGACUGUGAUGAAAGAUGAAUGUGUAAAUGAGCAAAUAAGCAAAUCAUGGCUGGAUAACUGAAUGGGCCUGCUGGGCACAGAUCUAACUGCUAAGACUGCUAGAACAAAACAAAAAGCUUCCAAGAAGUUGGAAUGGGAUCUGAAAGCUCACUAAAGAGCAAUAUGGCUGCAAGAGGGUGGAAAACAAUUGCCAGUAGAUAACAGACAAAAAUGCUAUGUAAAGGACUAAUUCUUACAUAACACUUACAUACUCUCUCCCAGAGUACUCAAGGCACUCCAUACAACAUGCCAGAUUCACCCAAGCACUGUCUUCUAUGUUUUUAAGUGUUUUCUAACCACCAUUCACACACUUUGAUGCUGAGAUGGGAGAGCAACUUGGGGUUAUUAUCUUGCCCAAGAAUAUUUGGCAUGCAGACUAAGGGGAGCCAGGGAUUAAACCACCAACCUUUACAAUCAGUAGAUGACCUGCUCUACCUCCUGACCUACAGCCACCUAUCAGUCAUAUGUCAAUAGACAUAUGACUGAUAGGUGGCUGAGUUUAAAACAGAGUUUAAAACUAUUCCAAAAAGAAACCAAGCAACUACAAAAAUGACACAAAACAACUGCAAGAAACGUAAAACCAAUGCAAGAGAUGUCUAAUGUCUACAAAAAGGUUCAAAAUGAAUUCAGAGAGACCUAAAGUGACUACAAAGUCAUGUACAAGGAAAUAAAACAUAAA